UAAAGUUUGGUGUGUGUAAUGUAGCUCGACAAGGUGUCCCGGAAGAUUACCACCCUAUAACAAGUGUUUCCGGAAGACGUGGCUGCCGAUUCUGUGGCAGCUGUCAUCCAAGCCAUUAGAAGAAUUUAAAAUAUAUUUUCAUAUUCAGCAUCAGGAUGAUUUCGCUAACGGACUCUCAAAAAAUUGGAAUGGGAUUAACAGGUUUUGGCGUAUUUUUCCUCUUCUUUGGGAUGAUCCUGUUUUUUGACAAGGCGCUUUUGGCCAUAGGAAAUAUCUUGUUUGUCGCUGGCCUGGCUUUCGUCAUCGGCUUGGAGCGAAUGUUCCGCUUCUUCUUUCAAAAGCACAAAUUAAAGGCCACUAGUUUCUUCCUGGGAGGAGUGUUUGUAGUCCUUAUUGGCUGGCCUAUCAUUGGAGUUUUGCUGGAAAUUUAUGGAUUUUUCCUCCUUUUUAGGGGCUUCUUCCCAGUUGUUGUUGGCUUCAUCAGAAGAAUACCAGUUCUUGGUUCUGUCCUGAACCUGCCCUUCAUCAGUUCUCCUUCCUAAGCUGGUUCUGAAGAUACCCAGCAGCUGUGUACAUGGACAAGGUGACUGAGAGCAACACCAUGGUAUGACUGUUUUGACCCGGAUCCACCACAGCAGCUUUUCUAGCCCAGUUCCUUCUGAUCCUGAAUAAAAGCAGCUGUAGUUAAAUGGUCAGACUCUACUUUCCACCAGACCAAGACUUUUUGCCGGUGACAACCGGCUGAUACCACCAAUCUCUGGCUCCUCAGCUCUGAAUCACGGAUGUGUCGAGUAUGGAUUCAUUAAUGUUAUCAUAAAUCCUACCUAUCCUUCCUCCGAGUGAUUCAUUUGAGAAUGUUGGAAGUACAAAUUAUUAGCCUUAUUUAAUAAUAAGGCUAAUAAUUUGUACUCCUGCAUGAAAGCAUCUGGUAUGCAUUAGCAUAACAGAUUUGUUCUCAGCUUGCCAAAUUUGAUUUUUGUGCCACAGCAUUAGGGUCAUAUGGGUCUGUAUUCUUUCUGUUUUGCAGUAAUUCUAUUAUGUCACUGCCUUUAAACUGUCUGAUUUGUUUCAUGUUAUGGUUGACAGAUACUGCUUAAGGAUAAAUUAUUUUUUUAAAAGAUGAGUGUACCAUUUUAUUUCAUACUUAGUUUUGUUCAUUCCAAACCUGUGUCAAAUUGGGUUUUCCAGCCAGGUGGUUUAGUCAAAUGCUAAAAGUGCUAAAAGCUUGACUUCACAGGUGCAUCUAAAAAUAUUAGAAUAUGGUGAAAAAUGUUUAAUAUUUUGUAACUCAUUUUAGAAAGUGAAUUCAGUUUGGGCACAUUGAAUAAAAAUACUUAUUUCCCUCUCUC